AUGAACACUAGAUAAUUGUAGAAUGUAAAUCAAAAAGUUAUUUUAAAAAGAAUUGAAAUUUUAACACUACUGGAAUUUACAAUAAAUUGGAUACUUUUCAUUAUGUAAGAAUAUUAGAUGCAUUCAUGGUUCUUCUUUUUAACUGUAUAGUAAUAUAUUAAAUAUCAUAGAUUUUUAUUUAUCUUAUUUUAAAUAUCGUUGAAAUUCACAUCCUAGGAUAUAAAAAAUAAAUAAUUCCCUUACAUCUUCUAUUAAUGUAAUUAUAAUUCCUAAACUAAUAGAUGUAUAACCUUUUUACUAAUUUCACUAAUAAUUACUAUUAUGGUUUAUGGAUUAUAAUACAAAUUAAUCCUGCUAAUCUUCUAAAUUCCAAUACUAUUCUUAAAAAUAAGAUUCAGAUCAUUAGCAUUAACAGGACACUAAGAUCGUUAAUAACACAUAUAACUUGAUACAUCACAUACCUAAUGA